AGUUGAGGUUCCUCCUCCGUUCCUCUGCAUUGCUAGCUGAUAAGUGAGUCGCCGCACCAGAGAGACACAUUUUCUCCCGUUACUCGCUUGCCGUUAGACCAGGAGAUUUUUUUAACGAAUGGUGUUUUGGCUGCCGGUGUUAGAGCUAAAACAGGCGAUCUGAAACUGAAACGCGGAGACACUAGCAGGAGCGCCCGAAGUUAAAUUUCCGAGUUGGGAGCACGUAGAAUACCGCUAACCUAGCUACCUCAUUCAGGAAAGAAAGAGUAAGUCUGAGAAGGACCUUGCUUUACAUGCGUAUUGUUACUUAGUUCGUUAGCUGGCUGGCUACUUUUUGCUUACAUUUUAAAUCGCCAACAUGACGAGAAGAUCUUGUGCCAUUUACGCCACCGGAAUUGUGUGCGCCCAUCUGCUGAUUGUGGGUAUCGCCCUCCUGGUGGGUCAAGUCUUCCAAACAAUGAUUCAAGAAAGAAUAAAAAAGGAGAUCACCUUGGCCGAGAACAGUCGAGUGUUGGAUGGCUGGAUAAAUCCUCCGCCCCCAGUUUACAUGCAGUAUUUCUUCUUCAACAUCACCAACCCUGAAGAAUUCUUCACUGGCAGAGCGAAACCCCAUGUCACCGAAAUGGGCCCUUAUACAUACAGGGAGUACAGGCCACGGGAGAAUGUGACAUACCUGGAGAAUGGCACGAAGGUCUUUGCCACGAAUCCCAAGAGUUUUGUAUUUCUUCCGGAAAUGUCAGUGGGAGACCCGGAGGUGGACCUUGUGACCACCAUCAACAUCCCAGUUGUGGCUGUGAUGAACGAGGUGCACUCCUAUUCUUUCUUCAUCCGCUCACUUAUCUCCAUGUGGAUUAAAUCGAUGGGUGUUGACCUGUUCAUGACGCGUACCGUGCACGAGAUCCUAUGGGGUUUCAAGGAUCCGUUGAUGAGUAAACUCCAUAACAUGAAACCUGAUGUGGACGAGAUUUUUGGCCUCAUGUACAAGAAAAAUGGGACUCAUGAAGGUGAAUUUGUAUUCCAUACUGGAGAGAAGAACUACAUGGACUAUGGCAAGAUCGACACAUGGAACGGAAUAAGAAAUAUGGACUGGUGGUCAUCAGAGCAGAGUAACAUGAUCAAUGGCACAGACGGUAGCGUCUUCCACACCUUCCUGACCAGGAACGAGCUUCUCUACAUCUUCGCUGCAGAUCUGUGCCGAUCUAUCCAUCUUUCAUAUGUGAAAGACAUUGAAGUAAAGGGGAUCCCCGCCUACCGCUUUGCCCCCCCUGCCGAUGUCCUGGCUGCCCCAGAUGACAACCCCAGCAAUGCCGGCUUCUGCGUGCCCGUUGGAGACUGCCUGGGUAAAGGGGUACUCAAAGUCAGCGUGUGCCGUCAAGGGGCACCUAUAGUGGUGUCAUUCCCCCAUUUCUAUCAAGCCGAAAGCAAGUACAUUAAUGCCAUCGACGGAUUGAACCCAAACAAAGAGGAGCAUGAAACAUAUUUGGACCUCAACCCGACUACUGGGGUCCCCAUCCGUGCCUGUAAAAGAGCCCAACUCAAUAUUAUACUGAAGAGAGUCUUAGGAUUCCCCCAAACAAAAUUCCUGAAUGAAACCAUUUUCCCAAUUAUGUAUGUCAACGAGACAGCAACCAUCGACGACAAUUCAGCUUCCCAAAUGAGAAGCCUGCUCUUCAUCGUGACGGCAGUGUCCAAUUUCCCCGUGAUCAUUGUGGGCAUGGGUGCCAUCUUACUGCUGGUCCUAUUCAUCCUGGUGUGCAAGAACCGCCAGAGAAAGAAUGAAGUAAAACGUAUUGAUUUUACAGAAGCUUUUCAUUCUUUUACUACGAAAGAUGACACGGCCUACACUCCGGUCAGCAACAAAUCGGAGGAUUCACCCGAAACACACACCAGCCAGCCGAUGAAGAAUGGCUCGUACAUCGCCAUGUCGCCGGUCGAGGCACAGAAGUGUUGAUGAAGACCCCUGAAUUAAAUACCCCCACCCUCACAAAACACAUACAGGAGAGAACCAUCUCCUUGAAUGAUUUUCCUUUCCUCUCUUCACCUUUUCAUCCUGUCUUUCCACUGUGCAACACAUUUGGGGGGACAGUACAUUAAAGGACACUGCCGCUAGUUGUGGCUACGCCCCCUUGCGAUGGUCGCUGGGCGGACUCUCACUCUUUAAUUGACACCAUUCAUUCUCUGAGCAUGGCCCUCUGGCGUUGCCAUACUUUUUGAAAAGAGAAAAAAAAAAAAACAUUAUUACUCAAAACACUCAGUAGAUUCAGGAAACCCAGAGGAAGUUGCUGGGUUUGUUAUCAUCUAGACACAAAGCAAACUGAUACCUUCUCAACUUUGGAGAAGGUGACAUCCACCUGCAUGUCCACUGAUCUACAGUUUCCUGUAACCCUGUUACCAUGGAGAUGAGAACAAAGCGAGGCUGCUUUUCCAUGGCUAGCAGGGCCCACCUUCAUCACUAGUGUUUAAGUUAGCACUAGUGUUCUACAUUUGGAGAAGUUUAUUGCCACACUACUGUACUGAAGUCUGCAUGAUCAGACUUUGACUAACAAACCUUAAUUUGCCAUAUCCCUUGACAUUAUUAAGCAUGAGGCAAAUAGCUGUUUUCCUCUUCUAAGCAUAUUGAAAAGCUAAACAGAUGCCUCACUUGCAAAAGAACAUGCUUGGUCCAGUCAUGGUCAUAUGUGUGUUUGUCUGAGCUUAGUAUGGGUGUGUAGAAGUGCAGGCAUGUUUGGGCUUGCACACGUGCUGGCCACACUGCUGUGAAUCGCUCUGGGGUGUAUCUGCACCCUUUUAAGCUUGAUGCAGUGGGACUGCGUGUGGACGUUGGAGAUUUCAAGGUCCUCGCCGCUCUCCCUGUUCUAAUGCAUCCUUUAAAUACACGCUGGCUGGAUGGUAUCAAGUUCCUUGGUAGGUGCCAGAAUCGUGAAGUAAAAACCGCUCCUUCAGCCUUUAAGUGCUUCAGAGGGUCUCCUCACUGGGCUAAACAAACAAACAAAAAAAUCACUAGCUUUUAUUGUCUUCUAAAAGGAGAAAAUCAGACUUGCAGAUUAUGCACCGGUGAGACUUGAACCAACUCUCUGCCUUACACUUAAUUUUGCUGCAUGGCAAUGGUGGCUAUGAGAAAGGGCUCUGCUAGUGCUGUAGUAAAAUCAUCAGGCCGUCGCUGACCAAAUCCAGUCUGGAGUCAGUCUGUAAAUUCAGUCUGCAAAUUCUGGGCCAAGCCCUUGUCUCAUGUACAUGGCGGCCUAAGGGCAUCCACCCUGCAUUUUUGGAGAAAGCACAACAAAAAACUGAACUCUGGGGGUUUUAUUACGCAGUGUCUUAUUGGCAGCAUCUCUGAGAGCUGAGGAGGGAAGAAUUCGGCAUGCGUAGGGAACGCUGCGUGGGUCUGGCCAGCGCGUUCCACAUCAGUUUCCCCUCUGCAAGACAGUGGGCAAAUUAGGCCCUUUGACAAACCUCACACUUUCAGUCACUGUUGUCCUUCAGUAAAGUGUUCUGUUGUUUCUGUCCAUGAUGUUCAAAGCCUUCAACUGUUGCGCACCGAAAAAGUUAAAUAAGGCCAUAGACACAAAGUCAACUUGGAAAAACCAAGAAAAAAACAAAUAUCUGCACUUUUCAAAAAAAAAAAAAGUAUUUUUUUUGUUGUUUGUAAGUCAGUGCAAUGGUCCUCAGCUGUGUUUGAAUUCUGCCCAAAUGGAUCUUUUUUUUUUUUUGGUUAUUCUUUAUCGUUGGUUUUCUUUUUUCAAUUACUCACUUGUGUGAAACCUACCUUGUUUCUCCUUAUUUUACACAUAAUUGCUGUUAAUUAAUGCCAUAAGCCUAUGGAGCUUUAUUUUAGGAAAACAUGACCAUGCAAACGUCUGCAAUUUGUCUAGUUUCUGUGAAGUUGUUUUUUAGGACCAUACUAUGCCAAACUCUUGAUGCCAUAUGUCUAGUUAACGUUGAACAUGAUCCACAAACACAUUUGUAAGUGUUACAUUCUACUCAUCUUGCUGUUACAUGUUGCUGUCAGGACCUCCAUGGUUAUCCUUCAGUAUCGUGUCAAAGCUUUUUUGACCCCUAUGCUCCCCCCCUUUUUUUAACUUAAAUAAGUGAAAAAUUGUAACUACUUGUAGUAGUUUGCAUAUAGUGUAAUAAUGCGGUAGCAAGUAAACAAACAGGCGUGAGGGCAGGGAAGCUGAGCACCAAGACAAAUUGCCUUUGGUACUUCGUAGUCAGUAACAGUCAGUAGUGUGUGUCUGUUUGGUAGUCAACAGGUGCAGUAGUAUACUGAUUUACAACAAUGGCCCUGUUCUUUAAACACUGGAGAAGGCUGUUGUAAAUUCUGCUGGUCCACUUGGUUCUAAAGUGGGACAUACCACCUAUACUCACUUGAACCUACAACCUGAGCCAUUUCCCUGUAGUGACUUUUGAGCCCAGUCCACCUGUAUGCUCAACCAAAGAUAACCUUAUAGACCGACUCACCCAGUUUGUUUGCUUUCACAGAUACGGCUGUAGUACCAUCGAUUUCCCCAUAGCAUAGCAGAGUCACACAGGAGCAGCCAAACGGGGCAAAAGGCAAAAAAGUGGUUUAAACAUUUCAUGAGUAUUUUGCCAGAGAAUCCAAUGUGAAGUUUCUAAAGCAUUUCUAGCAACAAAUAACUCUUAGUGUAAAGCCUUUGUUUCUGCAAUGUGCUAAAACACUCAGUAUUGUGUAUUGACACAGCAAUACAUUGUGUAAAAUGGAAAUUUUAUAGAAAAAUAAAAAGGUUUUGUAUUCAGACAAAUAUUUAUGUAUCCAUAUGUUCAAUGGUAUGUACAUUAUCUGAACUUUAUAUGGUGUUAGUUAUUUUGGUUCUGUUCAUUUCCAUAUUUUAUAAAUAUUUUCUAAUAUUUCAUCUGGAGUUAUACAUUUUUCUCUGCCUAUUUUCCCUUUUCCUCCCCGCAGAUUUAUACUGUGGUUCUGAGUGCGUUGUCACACAUUUGCGACUUUAAGCGACGUGUAUAUGGCUUGUUAGUAGAGUGGCAGUGACUGAGAGCCUUGCGACUGAUUUGUGAGGUGUACAUGUGUUGUGUGUGAUGACCUCCUGUGAUGCAAGAUUCUCAAGAAGCCACCGCACUGUUUUGUCCAACGUGACAUGCUGUAGGAAGGCUGAGUAUCUUUGAGUUUUGUUUUGGAAGAUUGCUGUAACAGCACACUGGGUACAAGGGAGGUUUCUACUGCAAUCAAAACUUUUUUUUUUUCCUUAGAUGAAUGAUGCCCUCCUUCGGGGAUGAGCUUCUGGUGCCAUAUCAUCCUUGUUUAAUGAAUUUGCUUUAGUAAUUUUGUUGAAGCAGUGUGGCAGUGAUUUUCAGUUGCAUCCCACUCAUGUUUCGCUUGACCUCCCCCACAUUUUUGAGGAUGGCCUAAAGAGCAGUUCCAUCAUUUCAUGUGUACCUCAGAGAUGUGUUGUGUGCUGCUAAAAAUGACAAUCCUCAUGUCAUGUUGGGUGCAAAAUAAUUUCAAAGUUAAUAUCCAGUUUUAGUUUUGAUAAUUUACACUGCACAAAUGUUUCUAUAAUGCUUUUUGUAAACAUUUUUAGUGUGAUUUGCAAAAAAAAAAAAAGAAAAGAAAUAAACAAGUUGAAAGCACUGUAAAA